AUGAACCAAAAGGUAGUCUGUCUUCUUUUUGUCUUGAUCAGCGCCUACACAGUCAUUGCUCAAAUCGGUGGAACGAUCACCGCAUCGAGCAAUUGUGCAAAUGUUCGGUGUGGGGCCAACGAGAUCUGCAAUUCGUGCGGUCAAGCAUGUGAACAACGUUGUGGACAGGGACCAAUUGCUUGCUCACCGCUUUGUCUCAUGGUGCCCCGUGGUGUGUGCCAGUGUGCUGUCGGUUUCUAUAGAAAUGCUCAAGGAGCUUGUGUUCUCAGCAGUCAAUGUCGAAGAUCAAACAAAAAAAAUAACGUUGCAAAGCUGAUUCACAAC